CGUGGAAUAUUCAUACUGUAGCGCACCUGCCCAAAUUCACGUCCCUCUGAACAAGGAAAUGAAGAGGCUAAUAAAACGGAGCGGGUUGUUGUUGGACUCUUCAAACAUGCGCAGCCAUGGGAAACAGAAUAACCAAUACCUUGGAUAAUGACAGCAUGUCCGGGGGUGUUUUAUUCCGCUUAUAUCACAGCACUAACUUGGUACUGUGUCUGAUAUGGAAACACACUUUACCUUUAAGGGUAUUCCCAGGUUGAUGAUGAGUGUGUGUUCAAGUUGCUUGGUUUCAGGAUGAUGUUUCCAACUGACUCAUUUCUCUCAGUGUCUCGGUCAACAGGGCAGGAGUCAUGCCAAACCACAAUGAAAUCAUUGUCCUAUUCAGAGUCCUCUUCAGAAUUAGGUGGGGUUUAAGUCCAAGGAAGCUGAGUGAAAAGCGAUCAAAAAGGAAAGCUCCACUUGCAGCUUCACAUCAUCAGACUAUAGAUCCCCACAUAUAUGACAGCGUGGCAGCCGAGCCCCAGUAUGCCAUAGUGAAUAAGAAGAAGGCGGAUUCUGAUGGCUUGCACUAUGCAGAAAUUCAGGUGCUACAGUCCGAAAGCACAAGCAAGCAGAGGAGUGCGCCACCCACAAACUCAAGCACCGAAUAUGCAACCAUAGACUUUCUGAGAGGCGCUAAACCAAAAGAGUCUGCUGAACCUGCAGAUAUAGUUAUUCCACCUGGAGAUCUUCAGAGGCUGAUGGUUAAGUCUCAAAAGAAGAGGAGUAUUUCCACACAUCGGGCUGUCAUGGUUUGAAUAAAUUGUUUGUUUGUUUUUUAAAUCAUUUGCAUUUAGUAUUUUUAAUACUUUUUUUUUUUUUUUUUUUUAAAGAAAGAUCAAAUGUAUGCUGUAUUUGUUACACAUUAAUCAUAAUUAAUGAUUUUCUAGACCUGGCAGUGCACACUGUAUAUUCUCAAUGUUGGAAAGAACAAAGAAACGCAAAGACCAUUGCAGCAUGCUGUUAGUGCUUGAUGGUCAGUUGAUUUCACGGUAACAGUACUGGCUGUGUACUGAUCCUAUUUAUCAUACUAUGCUUCCUUUGUAUAAUCUAUUUAGGAAAAAACCACCAGUAUUUGCAGGCACCUAUCUGUGUUCCUAUUGUCUACAUAUCUGGAUUUGCUCUUGGAAAUAUGAUACACUCAUGGACGACUGGUAUAAAUGGGCUAGCAGGGCUAAGCCUCCGUUUUUCAAAAAUAAAAAGACAUCAGUAGGGUUUCAAAUUUCUGAAUGAUAAAGUGAUAUGAAGAAGCAAGGAUUGGGCUGAUUUCUUUCCAGCCCAGACUGUACUUUCAUGCAGUCCAUCAGUCUCACUCGUUUUGGGUGAUUACACAAAAGGACACAGGUUUUAUCUUCAUUUGGGCGGAUAGUAGCAAUUGAGUAAGCACAUGUGAAAUACAGUCACGGGCAUAAUGAACAUGAACAAAGUGAAGUAUUUACUUUAUCAUCCUUUUAGCCCAAAAUGUAUUUGGAAGAGAAACUAAAAGUACAUAGACUAAGUACACAUUGUACAAUCAGAGUACAAAUUAUACAAUGGUAUAAUACUACUAAUAAUAAAAAUAAUAAAAAUAAUCUUAAACGAUUGCAGGAUAGACAAAAUGAACAUUUUAUGACUCUGCAUUAAAGAUUAAUGACUGAACUCCAUGAAUAAACUCCAUCUUAUUGGUUUCAGAAACCACAACUAUUAUAUUGCUUAUAAUAUAUUACCAAUAUUCAACUAAUACAUUUCUGAAGAUAAUAUGUGAUAAUAGAAGAGAACCUGCUCUUUUGAAAUUACUGUGAAGUUUUAAUUAUGCCCAAGUAUUCGAGCUCAGGAGGUUCAUUUAAAAAUAUGUACAAAAUACAUACAUACAUUAGGGUUUAAAUAGAGUUUUAGAAGAAAGAAAAGAAGUCAUGCUGAUCUUUUUUUAAUUUAAUUUUUUAAAAGAAUUAAAAAAAAAAUGUAUAUCAAUUUUAGUCCUUUUUUUGGUACUUCUUGUUGCAAGGAAAUUGUGAUUGUUGUAAAUGUUUAUAAUUAAAAGGAAAAUAAAUCUUA